GUCCUGCAACUAAAAGCUGCUUUCCUGACUUGAACAUCACCGAAGAAUUAGCGGAUGCAAUGCGUUUGGCCAGCACGCGCUGCGUCGACGAGUCGCGCCAGAAGUUGGCCGCGUUCAGGAGGCGGUUGCCCUGUGCCGAGCUUAGGCAGUUGUUGAUUGACAGCUUGAUUGAAGAAUCGACUGAGCAGGCGCAUCUUCAAGAAUACGAGAAACCUCGCCCCCCUCGGCACAGCGCCCACUGGCGCCCACCUUCAGGGAUUGAAGGCCCCCGUCACGUCGCCCCCUCAGUACGGAGGCCUUCACCUGACAACGAACUCGCCGAAAUAUUUGAUCCUUUUCUAGUUACGCUGUACGUAGACCAUAAAAAUAUUCACUUUAGAAAAUUGACGCCGCUUCCAAAAGUACCACACGUGUUUUCUGCAGACGAGGAUGCUGAAAUUCUGGAGGAAUUUAUCGAAAAUUCAUCUGAAUUUCCAUUAAAUGCUGAUUAUGAAUCAUCGGCAGAAAACCGCGAGAUGUCAUCCGCCUCACUCGCAAAUGAAGAAAAUAAGAUUGAAGUUGAGAUCCAAAAAGCAUCGUCUACAGAACUGGCAGACAAAGGUGCUGGCAGACUAAAAGGUCUUCAAUUCAAGUCCAAUUUACUACCGCUACAUGAGACCUCGGAGGUUCAUUUCAAUGGAAAUGCCACUUAUGAUAACACGACUACGCGGUCAGAUUUGCGCAAUCGCAUAGAAAAAAACUUUUCGCGGUCAAACAAUGAACUUUUUACUGAAGAACUAAUACACCAGGAUACGUUUUGGCUGCCACUUCCAUUCUUCGAUGAGGCUUUCAAAACCAGGACAUCGGAGCAGCUGCGAGCACCAAAGAGCCAAAGAGGCCCAUCGCCGCUCAUAAUGCCACCAAUUUCUCCUGCAUCGAGAAAAGCAAUUUCUGGAGGAGUGAAGAGUUUGUUCUUUUACCUGCUGGAGGAGAAGUUACACCGCCUACUCACGACAUGCGUGAUGAGUUCCCUGGACUUACUCACCCUAGACUCAGCCCUCGACGUGGCGGCGCUUAAGGCUCUCAUUGGCAGGUUGUUCAACUCCUCCGGCAGCGCGGACGUCGCCCUGCUGCAGGACUUCGUCAGUAGCUGCGCCUCCAGCAGCGCUGUGGUCGCCUACUCACACAUACCUGCCGUGCUCGACUGCGUACAGGCAAAGAUUAACGCGCUGUGUAUGGCGCGCCUGAUGCUCGGUCCUGACGAGGUUUAUUCCCACUUUACCGCCUCCGAGUCCCCUCAUCCAAACUGAGGGUAAUUUAUAUUUCUGGGGUAAUUGAGAGGUGAAUAUAGCUUUAGUGUUUUAAUUGAAUAAUUUACAUCAAUGUUGAUAUAAUUUUCGGUUAUGUAGCAUGAAUAUUGUGGCUUGUUCAGGCGAGUGACUAGGUGAACAUGUUGGAUAAGAAAUAACAAGUUGAACAAGUUGAGUAACAAGGUGAACAAUUUGGGUAACAUAUAACAAGAUGAUCAAGCUAGACAGACACUUCGGUGCUUGUAUUCAUUGUAUGAUCCAAUCUAGCUCUUAUAUGAAAAACUUGUACUUAUUAUUAAAACAAAUUUAAUGAAGCCUUGUUUUCUAACAAUUUAGGAAGAAAUGACGUUAUCUUGUAAUUUUUCUAUCUGUGUUUUAAAGCAAAACAAUUAUAAAGAAAUAAAUAAACUUUUAUCCAUCUAUUUCCUGUUCAGUAUAUACGGUGGUGUCAGUUCUGAUUGGACCAUGCUGGAAUGUGGCUGAAUCUGUACUUCCUGGCACACCUUACCAAUUUCGACCAGAAUUUUGUAUAACUUAUUUCGAGUUUCGAACCUCCAACUCGCUGCUCCGAUGUUGGUGGCUAUAAAAACUCGACCAUGCUGGUGUUUUUCAAGUUCUCGAGCUGCGUCGGUCAAAUAUAUGCUAGUAUUUUACGUUCAGUGUUUUGAAUCCGCCCAUUAAAAUCUGAAUAAUUGCUUAGAAACAAGCAGUCUUGUGUGAAUAUUAUUGUGAGCUUCAUUAUUCUGGGAUCCUUUUCAUUUGUA